AUGGGUCCGGCCCGUGUUAUGGCUGUACGUCCUGCUGACACCUAUCUUGUUUAUUGGUUGGGAUUGAGAGAUGAUGGUGCCGAUGGAAGAUCGUCUACUGAGUCUGGUUACAACCUGAUGCCUAUUCGCCAGGCUACUGUACUCGCAAAUCUCAACGAUCGCUACAACAAGAUCAUCUUGAGAGCUGCUGCCGUGCAACGUGCACUUUCGGCCCGUCAGCAGAUUGUACGUCAACCGGUUCUACCUACCCCUCAAGACAUCUACAAUGCUGCUGCUCCCAACAGCCUACUGUACCAGGCUGUUAGCAGAUAA